AAACCCAACCGCCCUUCUCCAACUGCCCUCCUCCAACUGCCCUCCUCCGUCCCUUCUCUCUCUCUCUCUCUGUUCAAACACACACACACACACACACACACACUACAUCUAACAGAUUAAGACGGACAUUUGCUGAAAUCAAAGAGUACUUCCAGCCGCUGAUAUCGUUGCCUUGAAACUUAUAUAAGGAAGGCAAGCACUAGGGUUUGUGAAGGAAGGAAGGCAUUAGGGUUUGCAAAGCAAUUAAGCCGGCCAUAACAUCUACACACAAAACCUCUGUGUACUUGUUUGAAAGUACGUGGGAUAUAUAUAUCUUGAUAUUAUAAAAAAUGAGUUUUGGGUGGUGGAGAUUGUUUGUUGCUGCAGUUGUUGUCAUUCUCUUCUUUCAUGGUUUUUCUGGUGCUGAAAGAGCCCCAAACUUCACCUUCAUGCAUAACGCAACAACAGCUCCAGACAUAUCAUACUAUGACUACAUUAUAGUGGGUGGUGGCACUGCUGGCUGCCCCUUGGCCGCCACUCUUUCCCAAAAUUACAGCGUUUUGCUACUUGAACGCGGCGGCUCUCCCUAUGGCAACCCCAACAUUACAAAUUUGUCUACCUUUGGCAGUGCACUCUCUGAUCUCUCCCCUGCCUCCCCUUCCCAGCGCUUCAUCUCUGAGGAUGGUGUCAUUAACGCCCGCGCCCGCGUGCUAGGCGGCGGCACCUGUCUCAAUGCCGGUUUUUACACUCGCGCUCCCCCUGACUACAUUAGGGAAGCUGGAUGGGACGGGAGAUUAGUUAACGAAUCAUACCAAUGGGUAGAGCGCCUUGUGGCGUUUCGGCCGCCAAUUCAGGCAUGGCAAGCGGCGGUGCGCAAUGGUUUGAUGGAAGCUGGGGUGAUGCCUUACAAUGGGUUCACUUAUGACCAUAUCUACGGGACGAAGGUCGGAGGAACCAUUUUUGAUCUGGAGGGACAUAGACACACUGCUGCUGAUUUAUUAGAGUACGCUAAUCCCACUGGACUUACUGUGCUCUUGCAUGCUUCUGUGCAUAAGAUCUUGUUUAGAACCAAAGGAAAAUCAAGGCCACUGGCCCAUGGGGUGGCGUUCAGAGACUCCUCAGGGACCAAGCACAGAGCCUAUCUCAAAAACGGGUCCAAAAACGAGAUCAUCAUAUCAUCUGGUGCACUCGGAAGUCCACAGCUUCUAAUGCUGAGUGGAGUGGGCCCAGCAGAACAACUUAAGGCCCACAACAUCACAGUGGUGGUGGCCCAGCCCCUGGUUGGGCAAGGCAUGUCUGACAACCCCAUGAAUGCAAUUUUUGUGCCCUCUCCAAUCCCUGCGGAGGUCUCACUGAUUCAGGUGGUAGGGAUCACCCACUUUGGAAGCUACAUUGAAGCUGCCAGUGGUGAAAACUUUGCUGGCGGUUCUACUACCAAAGACUUUGGAAUGUUCUCUCCCAAGAUUGGUCAGCUAUCCACAGUGCCACCAAAGCAAAGGACCCCAGAAGCCCUAGCCGAAGCUGUAAGAUACAUGGACAGUCUUGAAGACGCAGCCUUCAAAGGAGGGUUCAUUCUUGAGAAAGUCAUGGGUCCAAUUUCCAUAGGCCACAUGGAGCUCCGGACCCGAAACCCGAACGACAACCCGGCAGUCACAUUCAACUACUUCAAAGAGCCCCAAGACUUGGAGAGAUGUGUCCAAGGCAUUGAAACCAUUGAGAAAAUAAUAGACUCAAAGGCCUUCUCUAAGUUCAGAUACGAGGGUAUGUCAAUAGCAGCUCUGCUGAACGCUACUGCAAAUAGCCCUGUAAAUUUGUUGCCUAAACAUGCCAAUGCGUCAAGGUCUUUGGAUCAGUUUUGCAAGGACACUGUCAUGACCAUAUGGCAUUACCAUGGAGGAUGCCAAGUUGGUAGGGUUGUUGACCAUGAUUACAAGGUUCUUGGUGUCGAUGCUCUUCGAGUUAUCGACGGUUCGACGUUUAUUACUCCCCCUGGAACCAAUCCUCAAGCCACUGUUAUGAUGCUUGGAAGGUACAUGGGAAAAACAAUAUUGGAUGAGAGGCUUGCUAGUGAUGAAUCAAAUUAGUAAUUUAUUAUGUCUGAUUGUUUGACGGCAAAGAUUUGAUCUUCUACUAUGUAUAACUAUCCUGCUAAAAUGACUGCAGAGAUGGAUGAGAGGAGCAUGUAUUAGGUUAUAUAUUUCUUUAAACAUGCAAUGAAACAUUUCCUCCUCAAAAUAAUACUAUUAGAAUGAUUCUCUUUUUUCAAAAA